AUGGCGACGCCUCCCAACCCACUUCCAUCAGCGUCCUCGGCCUCGCGGGACGCCCAACUUCAGAGUCUUUCAUCGCCAAAUAAACGUCGCGGGUCUCCGAGCCGAAACACGAGCCCAAGCACUACCCAGUCCGAGCAGCCGACUCUAACAGAUGGCAGCCCAGCAUCUUCGUCAACCAAGCGAGCAAAGUCCCAGGCCCCGCCUCCAAAGACCCUCCCUCGCCAGUACGAAUUUUGCGCAGUCGAAGACAUGGUCGAAUUAAUCUCACAUAUGCUGGGGGAACUAAUCACAACCAACGAUGCGAUCAGAAUAUCUGAGGGCGGCCUUACGAGGUUUCAUUCCAGGACUGCUCCGGGAAUAUCAGUACGAGAUUACUUGCACCGACUUGCGAGGCACGCCACCCUCACACCACCAUUAUUAUUAGCUAUGGUCUAUUAUAUCGACCGCCUAUGCGCCAUGUACAACGACUUUACGAUAAAUACACUCACCGUGCAUCGCUUUCUUAUCACAGCAGCUACCGUGGCCGCAAAGGGCCUGUCUGAUUCUUUCUGGAAUAACACUACGUAUGCGAGGGUUGGCGGUAUUCGGUUAGCCGAGCUCAGCCGCCUUGAGCUGGAAUUUCUUCAUCGAGUGGACUGGAAAAUAGUUCCCAACCCGGAGGUUUUGGUUGCCUAUUAUAAAGGACUGGUUGAACGGACACCGGGGUACAUUCUUGAGCCCGGUGACGAUUCAGAGGAAGAGUCGGAUGAGGCCAGUCCCGGCGGUGAAGAGUCAGAGGAAGGAACUGGAUAA